AUGCAAUCUAUCAGCGGUGGUUCUAAUAUCCCAUCGAUAUCUAAUAAUGAUAUCUCUAAAUUCUCUCAAUUGUUCGAUAGAUCAGCAAAUGGGUUAAAUUAUUUACCAGGUGAUAAAGCAAAAGAUAUAUUUUUAAAGGCAAAUUUAGAUAAUGCAACAUUAGGUUCUAUUUGGGCAUUAUGUGACCAAAACCAAGAUGGUACUUUGACUAAGCCUGAAUUUAUUAUGGCAAUGCACUUGUUACAAUUAACAUUAUCUAAUAAUCCAGAAGUUAAUCCACUGCCUUCACAAUUGCCUCAAGAAUUAUGGAACUCAAUUCAUUUGCCUAAUGGUACUUCUCCAAUGGUGACUCCUACAUCUCCUUCUGCCGAUGUAGACUGGAUUUUGCCGCAAGAUCAAAAAGAUCAAUUUGAUAAAAUUUUUGAUUCUUUAGAUAAAUCAAAUGAAGGUAAAUUAUCUUCUCAAGUUCUUGUGCCAUUUUUCUUAUCUUCAAAGUUAAAUCAAGAUACAUUGGCGACUAUUUGGGAUUUAUCCGAUUUACAUAAUCAUACCGAUUUCACCAAAUUGGAAUUUGCUAUUGCUAUGUUCUUAAUCCAAAAGAAAAACUCUGGUAUUCCAUUACCUGAAACUUUACCACAACAACUAUUGAAUUCACCUUCUCUAGCAAUCGCUGCUGCUACUCCUCAACAUGGUAUCCCAGCCCAACCAGUUCAAACUCAAAUACCACAACAACGUGUACCAACCAAUACUUCUAUUUCUUUACCAGCCAAUGCUUCUAUUCAACCAAACGUAAAUAUAUCAAAUACUGUUCCAGCUACUAUUUCCAGAUCGGUACAACCAGCUGACAAUAGCACUAGAGCAAAUCAAGAACUUUCUCGUAUCAAUGAAAUGAAAGCUUCAAUUGAGUCUAAGUUGUCAAUGUUACAAGAAACGCAUAAACAAAAUAUUGCAGAGACAGAAGAAUUGGAAAGUAACGUCGCUGUGGCAAAGAGGGAAGUCGAAGCAUUAAAGCAACAGCUUGCUAUGUUAGAAACGAAUAAUAACGAUAGUAAUAAUAAAAUCCUAGAACUAAAUCAAAAGCUAACCACCUCUAGGCAACUAAAUAAAGAAUCAAAAGACAAAAUACAAUAUUUUAACAAUAUGAUUGAAGUUUCAGGGGGCAAAUUAGAAGAUAAUAAAAUUAAGCUAAAGCAAGAAAACUCUAUGGUUGAUGUCAAUACUAAGCAAUUAGAAUUGAACCAUAAUUCUUUGAGCACAUUAACUUCCGAAUUACAAAAUAUGUCGACCUUUUUGGUUGCAUAUCUUGCCAAACAUAAAGAAUUAGGCGAGAACCAAAAAAGUGUAGAAAACCAGCAUUCUCAAUUGCAACUAAAAUACAAAGCAUUGGAUGACCAAAACAAAGCAUUAGUCGAUAAAGACAACGAUUUGAAGAAAUAUACUUUGGAUAUUGAAGCCCAAGAAAAGGAAUACCAUGCUAAGGUUGACCGUUUACAAUCUUUAUUUGAUGACUUGUCAAAGAAGAAAAUGCUUUUUGAACAGGAGAAUGAGCUCUUAAAGAAGAAGAAUUUAGAAUAUGCACAAAACAUCCAAUCAUUGUCUGAAAGACAAAUGAAGUUGGCAAUGGGUGAGUUACCAGAUGACGCUGAUGAUGUCUUGAAAAAUGCAAAGGCUUUUUCCACUACAACUGAUAAAUUGACUACUACAGACGAUGGAGAUAGAACUGAAAGUGAUGUCUUCGAUAAAGAUGUCCCAACAGUUGGAUCCCAAACUGAAGGUGAACCGGAAGAUGAAACUACUGUACAUGUAAAUGCAGCAAACCCAUUAAAUGACCGUUUCGAUAGCGAUAUGACUGAGUUCAACAUCCCAAGAACACAAUCUUUAACAUCUUCUGUAGCAAAUAAUCCUCCAUUAUCAGUUAGAGAUGAUGUCGAAAUGCCAGAACUUGGUGAUCCACUUGAAGAAAAUGUAGCAAAUUCUGAGGUUAUGUCCGAGACUCCAGCCGAAUGGAAUACCUCUCAAGCAGAAGCAAAUGGUAUCGCAGGUACUUCAAAUGGUGCUGAUAGAGAAUUAAACCUAUCUGAUAACAUUAAUGAAUUAAAAGGAAUCAGUUCGAAAAAUGGGUACCCAAAUAUUGAUGAGGAGUUCCCACCAAUUCGUGAACUCGAUGUUGACGAAAGUGAUUCUUCAAGUGAUGAAGAUAACAAUAACGUCCAGACUAGUAAUAUGGGAGAAUUGAAUGAUGAGUUUGCAGAUUUAGAAUUGGCACCAUUAGAAGAUGGCGAUGCUGAUAAUUUGCAGAGUAGAUCUGUUCCACAACCUGAGCUGUCAGUUCCAGCACCUCAGCCUGUGUCUUCUAAUCCAACAACCGAAACUGCUGGAAUUUCAAAUGAUGAGUGGAAUCAAGUGUUUUCAGGAUUGGGCAGUUCCUCACAACCAGAUGUGGUCCAAGGCACAAAUACAUUGCACACACCAACAGUUCCUGUCAUUGAUAGAAAGCUGGCAACCACUCCAAAAUCUUUAGCUAUUGAAGAGUUAUGUGGUAUGGGAUUUACUGAAGAUGAAGCUGUUAAAGCAUUAGAGAAGCAUAAUUGGGAUUUGGAUGCCGCAACCAAUUUCUUAUUAGAUAAUGCUUGA